UUAAAUGAAAUUUUCAUUUUGUUUAUUGAAUAAUCAAUAUCUAAAUUAAUUGGUACUAUUACUAAAGAUAUGAAAGCCUAAAAUUGUAUGUCUGUACAGAAGAAAAUUGAAAAUGAAGAAAGAAGAUUUAAGAUGAAAGAGUUAACAAUAAAACUUGUAUUGUCAGAAAAUAGAAAUUAAUUUCAAUUUUAUUAUUUAAAAAUGUUAAAAUAAUCAUGGAAUACUUGAGUGAAUUUAUUGCUUUGGGCAUUGAUAGUAUAAUAUUUGGAAUUUGUUUAAAGCAACAUUUUUAUUGUAAUAGAUCAAUAAAUGCAGUUAAAGGUGCUGAGUUUUAUGAAGUUAAUAAUAACUUAAUAAAUAUUGUAGAACAAAAUAAAGAUAAUAAAAUUAAAUAUGUUGCAAUUAGAGGAGCCGUUCAAUCAAUCGAUACACCAAUUUAUGGUAUACACAAUAAAGUUAUUACUGGUGUUAUUCAUAAACUAACUUUAAAAGAGCAUCUUGUCGUUAGAACAUCAUCCGGAUAUUGGUCAGAUCAGGAACAUACGAUGCAAGAAGUCUAUAAUUGUGUACCAUUUGUAAUUAAAAGAGGGAAACACGAAAUUGAAGUAACUAAUUCAUUGGCAGCUGAAGUUUUGGAUUUGGAAACCAUUUCAGAUAUAUUUGAAGCUAGUGCUCCUAGCUUUGUCGAUUAUGUAUGGGGAUUUUUUACAGGACAUAGACAAAGAGGCUUACAGACAACGGAAGAAAUGUUAAAGGAAGGGUCGAUCAUAACUGUAAUAGGUGAAUUAACAAAAUCCUCAUCUAAUCACAACUCUUUAGUUUUACAACCGCCAGGGGAUGGCACAUCUUAUUAUCUUACGACUAUGUCAAUAAGUUCAUUGCUUCGGAAAUUGGACGAUCAGAGAAAAGUUUAUAAAUGGUUAUGUUUAAUAUUUGGUACAAUUGGAUUAUUUAUUGCUGGUAUUCUAGUAAGACGUUAUUUAAAAGAUAAAGAAAAACAAAAAUUAGCUAACGAAUUGCGCAAAUCUUUAGAACAAUCUCGUAAAGAGAGAAGGCAAAGGAUACGAGAGACAAAUCUUAGUCGUGAUCAAUUGUGUGUGAUUUGUAUGACAAAUCCACAAGAAAUUAUCUUACUACCAUGUGGUCAUGUUUGCCUGUGUAUAGACUGUUCUAUGAAUUACACUUCAACCUGCCCGAUUUGUCGAGAAACUGUUACUCAAACAAAUCCUGUUUUCUUUCCUUGAAAAGUAACAAGAUUUACUGAUUUUAUAAUAUUUAAAAAAUUUUGCGAAGAGAUAACAAAUAAAAACAACGAAAAAUUU